CUCCCGGGCAGGAGCCCGAAGAUCAGUGCGCAUCUUCAACCGCAGCCCGGCUUCCCAGCAUUUCCUAGUUCUUCAUGCUGCCCAACUAACAGGAGACAAUGGGCACAGGGGAUUUUAUCUGCAUUUCCAUGACCGGAGGUGCGCCCUGGGGGUUCCGAUUGCAAGGUGGCAAGGAGCAGCAGCAGCCCUUACAAGUGGCGAAGAUUCGCAGCCAGAGCAAAGCGUCUGAGUCCGGGCUCUGUGAAGGGGAUGAAGUUGUCUUCAUCAAUGGCCACCCCUGUGCAGACCUCACGUACCCGGAAGUCAUCAAGCUCAUGGAGAGCGUAACAGAGUCCCUCCAGAUCCUCAUCCGAAGACCAUCCAGUGGAAUAAGUGAGACUUUGAUCUCUGAAACGGAGAACAAAAACCAUGAGCCCCUCACACGGGAGGGCUACCGGGGAAGCACGGCCCUGCAGAUUGGACCGGCCACAAAGUCCCAAUACAGAGAGUUCUACAUCACCACAGUCAAGAGGGCAGCUUUUCCAGCUGAGGACCAAGGAAGUGGUCCUGGGUUUUCUGGCCACGUCGAAGAAGAAACAGGCUGGAGUAACCAAAUGGCACCCCAAAUGCCCGACUCCCCAAGUGGUGUGGAUGAGGUUAUCUUAAGCGAGAAGACAGAAGGGGGACAGCCAGGCCCUGUGGUGGAGCUACAACUGUCCCUGUCAGAGGAGAGACCCAAGGCCACCAGUGUCCCGACAGCAGUUCUCCUGGGAGCUGAAAAAUCCACGUCUCCUGACGCAGACACUGACUUACAACAUGACCGCGUCGUCCACCUAAACCCAGUCUCCUCUCCUGAGAAAAGGGCCCUUCCUCUGAAGUCCAGCAAGAUAAUCCAGCUCUCCAGCAGCAAAGAGUUGAAAGUGACCCCAGGGAGCGAAGCAGGCGAGCCGGGACUGCCCCAAGUGGAAGUGAUCUUGGACUGCCCUGACAGGCAGAAGACAGAAGGGUGCAGGCUUCAGGCAGGGAAGGGGCAUGCGGAUUCUCCAGUGGAAGGAGGGCAGUUAGAAGCACCUCCUUCUGUGGUAGUCUUUGCAGUCUCAUCAGAAGGCACAGAGCAGGGAGGACUCCGAGUGGAGAGGGAUCACAGCAGACCUCACAAGCACAGAGCAAGGCACGCACGUCUCAGAAGGAGUGAAAGCCUUUCAGAAAAGCAGGUGAAAGAAGCCAAGUCUAAAUGCAAAAGCAUUGCCCUCCUUCUCACAGAUGCCCCCAACCCCAACUCCAAGGGGGUGUUGAUGUUUAAGAAGCGCCGUCAAAGGGCCAGGAAAUACACCCUCAUCAGCUACGGGACCGGGGAGCUUGAGCGCGAGGGGGACGAGGAGGAAGGAGGCGGCAGAGAGGAUCCGUGUGAAGUCACGUUUCUGGGCACGAGCGAGUCAGAGGUGGAUGAAGAGUUCCUGUCUGACCUGGACGACAGCACGCACGUGGUGAACUUUGACUGGGAUUCUGGACUAGUGGACAUUGAAAAGAAACUGACCAUAGGGGACAAGAUGGAGAUGCUGCCAGACACCUCAGGCAAGGGGGCCCUCAUGUUUGCGAAGAGGAGGGAGCGGAUGGAUCAGAUCGCAGCCCAAAAGGAGGAGGAGAGCAGCAGUGGGGGGCCGAGCAGAGAACCAGAUGCUGUCCAGGUAGAUGGCCUGAGGACGGUGACGUCCUUCCAAAGGAAAGAGGAGGAAUCGCGGAGAGUCCAGACUUCCAUGAGCACAAGCUACAGCAACGUCAGCCAUGGGGUGGACCAUGCACCCCAACAGAAUGGCUUCAGUGGGGUUCCCGAGACAGCAGACGCCCAGAGGAUGGUCCCUAUAAACAGAACGGCAAGACCCUUCCCGGGACCCAUGAGCCAGCCCGCCACCCCUUUCUCCCCAACCCGAAACAUGACAAGCCCCAUCGCCGACUUUCCUGCGCCCCCCCCAUAUUCUGCGGUCACCCCUCCCCCGGAAGCCUUUUCCAGAGGGCUCGUGAGUCCCGUGGCCGGCCAGCCACAGCCACCUCCGUGGCCUCAGCCCGCCCCGUGGGCCCAAGCAGCCUUUUAUGACUCGUCGGAGCGCAUCGCUUCCCGGGACGAGAGGAUCGCAGUGCCGGCCAAGAGAACGGGCAUCCUGCAGGAGGCCAAACGGAGAAGCACCACGAAGCCCAUGUUCACCUUCAAGGAGCCCAAAGUCAGUCCCAACCCUGAACUCUUGUCGCUUCUUCAAAACUCCGAAGGCAAGCGGGCCCCCGGAGCCGGCGGGGACUCGGGGCCUGAAGAAGACUACCUCAGUUUAGGGGCAGAGGCCUGCAAUUUCCUGCAGAGCGCCUCUGCUAAACAGAAGAUGCCACCCCCGGUGGCCCCAAAGCCGGGGGUUAAGGCUGCAUCCUCCCAACCAGUGACCCCCGUUUCGCCCGUCUGGGCUCCAGGAGCGACUCCCACCCAACCUCCUGCCUUCCCAGCAUCAAACCCACCCCGGGGCACCGCUGUCUCCUCCAUCAAAAUAGCCCAGCCUUCGCACGCCCCUGCCCGGCCUGCGAGCUCCCUGCACAUGGCUGGUCCCUUCAAAGGGCCGCAAGCUGCCGUGGCCAGUCAGAAUUACACACUCAAGCCGACAGCUCCUGCACCCGCAGCAAACACUGCUCAUGCUAGGCCAGGGGGACCAUCCCAGGAGCUUCCGGGGAUGAGUGGCAAAGGAGCCCAGCUCUUUGCCAAACGGCAGUCGAGAAUGGAGAAGUAUGUGGUUGAUUCUGACACCGUGCAGGCCCAUGCGGCCCGGGCCCAGUCUCCCACUCCAUCUCUCCCAGCCUGUUGGAAGUAUUCCUCCAACGUCCGAGCACCCCCUCCGGUGGCCUACAAUCCCAUCCACUCCCCCUCCUACCCACUUGCUGCCGUCAAGUCCCAGCCGUCAGCCCCACAGGCCUCCAAAGCAAAUGCAAAAGAUGCUCUCCCCCGAAAGCCAGCAGUCAAGAUGAAUUCAGUGCAGACCGGGAAGCAAGCAUUUCCCCUUUGGCCAGCCAAUGCUAGUUCUCCCACGCAUGAGCAGCCUUCGUCGGUCUACUCCCUCCCAGCCUACAGCUCUCAGCCGGCCUUCUUUGCUGAGGCUGCCUCCCCGGUCAGUGCGUCCCCAGUGCCGGUGGCCACCCCCAACUCUCCAAAGCAAGAAUCCGCCUCGUCGUCGUAUUUUGUGGCACCAAGGCCAAAGUUCUCAGCCAAGAAGAGUGGCAUCACGGUUCAGGCGCGAGGAGGACAUUCCCUUUCUCUUCCUGGAAGAUCAAUCCCAGCCAGUGUCUCCACGAUCCCUCCUUGGAUGUGCCAGUCUGAUAAACCGUCUGAUGGGCUAGAGAAAGCCAACAACAGGCUAAGUCCUUGGGAAGCAGCAGCGAAGUCUCCUCUUGGCCUAGUGGAGGAUGCCUUCAGACACAGAAACAUGCAGGAAUCCAUCGUGGCAAACGUGGUCUCCGCAGCUCGGAGGAAGGUGCUCUCAGGGUCAUCAGAGAAUUGGAAAGACAGAGUGUCCUAUGUUCCUCAUGCCCAGAAGACCGACACGAGCUCAUUUAGAAGGGAAGAGCUCAGUGUCACAUCCGCACCCUAUGGUAGCAUGUCCACCAGCGCCCAGUAUGGUUCACAGUUACCGUAUGCAUAUUAUAGGCAGGCUUCCAGAAAUGAUUCUGAGAUAAUGUCCAUGGAAACCAGAUCUGAUUACUGCUUGUCAGGAACCGAUUGCAAUUAUAACCCACAUCCAAGGGGAUGGAGGCGCCAAACAUGAGCAUGUGAUAAGAACCUGACUGUGUCCUACCUAUAACAUGGACAGGCAGAAAUGCUCCUUGGAAGGAGUUUUCAUUUUUCUAAUAGAUUCACUUUUUGGUCUUGGCUUGUUCUUAAAGUCAUUUUUCUGAGCUAUCUAGAGAGAAAGAGAGAGAGAGAAUUUAGUGUACAAACACAUGAGUGUGAACCACUUCCUUGUGUGCAGAUACACAGAGGUUUCCUUGAAGAAAAAGCCUUCAUUUUGUGUGUGUGUGUGUGUGUGUGUGUGUGUGUUGGUUUGCUAACACUUAGUAGUUUUCAAUAGGAGUAAGUCAAUGAAUAAUGAUUACAUAGAAAGGAAUUUCCUUGGUGUUAUUUUAAGUAUUUCAAUGAAACAUUAAAAAUAAACCCAAUUAAGUUCCAACUUUUCAAAAAAGAAAUGGAAUAUUAGAGUUCUCAGAAAGAAACAAUAUAGAGAAUAAAAUAACUACAAAUUUCAGAAGGGCUUUUGAGAUAAGGGCUUUGUGUAAUGUGUGAGCAGUCGAGAGAUUUCAGUCUAGAAUUUAUUCUGAAUCUAUUAAAAGUCAGGACCCCUGGUGGCACAGUGGUUAGACCCUUGGCUGCCAACCAGAGAUCCAUAAUUCCAACUCAUCUUUGAAUCCCAUCAUGGUCACAUCCAGCCUUGGAUAUCCUGCGGGGAAGUUCUAUUCAAUGCUGAAAGAUUGCUUUGAGUUGAAAUAGGCAGGAUAGCAAUGGGUUUGGUUUGGUUUGGUUUUAGCUUAAGACAGAAAUAAACUCUGGACUCAGAUGUCCUCAAUUAUCAAAUGAUCCUUCACAGCCUUGAUAAUCGAAGAUUCUGUCAUCAGUGGAAUGAUGUUUGAUGCAUUGUUAAAUUUGAUGGCUCAUCUUAUAAAUAUCAGAUUAAGUUUAGAAGUGCAUUAGGUAAUUGGUGUCACUAAUGUGUCAUUAAAGGCCUCAAAGGGAAUUGUUGGGCAGCAGGUUUGUGUUAUGUGUUAAAUGGAGUCAGGGUUGAUGUGAAGGGAAAAACAAUUAAUGGAUUCAAGGAAGUGGCAGACGGAUAUGUUUGCUAUUGUGCAACUGUUGGCCACAGCCAUUUACAUAGCUAUAGAAAACAUGCCGCAGAAGCCUACGCACCUCAUGGUGCUUCUCUAGAAAGCCAUCGUUAAGAUGUUGAAAGGAAGUGAAACAGCUGCUUUAUCAGCCUCAUGCCCAUGCCUCAUUCGCAUAAGCAAGGAACAAGUCACCCACAACUACCUAUAAGCUCCUUGUUCCACACCCACAAAGGGUGAGAUAAAAGGGAAUUCAAAGAUUUUACACCUUAAGCAAAUACUGAGAAUAUUUUACACUAAAAAAACAACUUGAGGAUUGAAAACUUUGCUAGGUUUAAGAUGUGUAUAUUUUUGUUUUGCUUCACUUUUUAAUUCUGGAACUUUUCAUUGUGAUGAUUUCUUUCAAAGACUAAAACUAAAGAAAAGAUAACAAACAGAUUCUAAAGAUUUCCUUCAUCUUGGAAAUAAGAAACAACUUGAGAUAUGAAAGUUCUAUGACUGAGGGGAGCACCAGAUCAAUUGCUCAUUUAUGGAGAGAAGAAACAAUGAAUAUAGGUCAACAUGAGAUUUUUAAAGUUACUUUAAUACCAUGUAAAUUCUCUCAAAUCAUAAGACAUAAUCACUGAAUAUUUUAAUAUAUGAGGGAUUUAGUACCAAAAAAACUAUGUCUAUUAAGAUCGUAGCUUAUUUUCUGCGUGCUAGGAGUUAUUUUCAUCACUUGAUGUACAUUAUAUUAUUCACUGAAACUUUCAUGAGACUCAAAAUAGAGAAAAAAAGACCUUGUUACCUUAAAUAUUAAGAUGGUAAAACAGGCUGUUGUCCUUUGGACCAAAUUUAUUGAAUUUGAAAUAUGCUAUCACUACCCAGAGAAAGACCGUAUAGAAAGUUGUGCUUCCUUAGUUUACCCCUAGGAAAUUACAUUCUAAAGGAGAGCGGAUGCUUCAGGGAGUCCAGAGAUUGUUCUGAAGGUAGACGUGCCAUUAUCAAAUCUUCACCAAGUGCAGUAUGGGUAGUAAACUCUUUCUGCUUUGAAAUGAAAAGAGUUAGAUUGGUUCCAUUCAUGCUAAUGAUUGAGACAUGAUACCUACCUCCCUGAGAUAUGAUCGUUAUGGAUGAAGAGCUCUAGAAAUUAUUGUUCUCACAAAAAUGAAAUCAAUUUGACUGGACUCAUAUUUCAAAUAAUCGCUUGUUUAGGGAAACGCUGUUGCUUUACAAAUGCAUAUCACCUUUGUCGUAAGAAAUAUCUGUGCUAGUAGAAGUCACAUGGAUAGAAACCGUUUCUGUUUCAUUGUAGAUGAAUAAGUGUUCCCUGAAAGUAUAAUAUGUUAGUCACAGAUACACUUACAUGACACCUUCCACUUUGGCUUUAAAAAACAAAAUCAUUGCAUGUGCAUGAAGUUUUCCUUAUUAAGAUACUUUCAAUUCUGUCUUGUACUUUAAGUUUUAUAAAUGCACAGAUUCCAUUUUAUUUAUCUCUCUUUGAAUGGGUCUCUUUCAUGUUCUCGCACCAUAACUUAUAGUGGAAAAGGCUACCUUAUUAGAUAUGAAGAAUAUAUGUACUUAAUUACUCUAAUAAAAGUAUGAAUCUUUGUGUGGCACAGAUAGUGCUAUGCUUGACUAUUAGUCUAAAGGUUAGCAGAUCAAACCCACCCAGAGGUGCCUUGGGAGACAGGCACCUGCUUCUGAACGGUCACCGUGUUGAAAGCCUUAGAGCGUAGCUCCACUCUGCACACGGGGAGGAGUCCUUGUAAGUCAGAAUCAGCUCUCGGGCAACCGACAGCACCACAUGUAUGCAUUGGUUAGUUCGACUCAUAAACAUAUAUAUGUAAACAACAUAUAGACUCAUGUGUAUCUUUAAGAAUUGAAACUUUGAAUAAAUAGGCUUAGUGAUAACUUUGGAGGAAUUGAUUUUUAAGAGAAUGUGGCUUUUCCCAUUGUGUCUCUCUUCAAAGUAUUCGUCUCUUGCCACAUCUUCCUAUUAAAAAGAAGGGUGGGAGGAGGGAUGAUGUUCUUUUGCCAAUCAGAGUGACAUUUCCACCCAUGUUCAUCCCAAAAAACUGUAUUUGAAAGGUGCGUUUGAAAAACCAAACUUGUAUUAGUAAUAAAAUAAUUUGAAAAUCAA